AUGGCAUUUGUCAUUCAGCCCUGCUCCCCGGAAGAUGCGCCGGGCCUUGCAGCGUCUAUGAUGCGUGCUCGACUCACCGAUCCUCACUGGAAGUGUCUGUGGGAGGACCCAUCUGCCGAAAAUAUUAUUCCUAGAGCUAUCAAGCGCCUUCCUUGGACUUUGACGACUAAUAGAGAAAUCAAGCGGCACCAGAAGGCUAUCGAUAUCGAGUCUGGUCAAGUGGUGGGGUAUGCUCGAUGGUCCCUCCCUCCAACCCUGGCAAAGAAGGGCGACGUCUGGCUUGAGGCACAGGUAACUGAAGGCACUCCCGCAGAUCGUGCAGUGUAUGAAAAACAGUACCAAGAGAACACCCGGGAUGGACAGCCUAUAGGCAUAAAGGGCGGGGAGAUGAUGCGUUAUCGCAGUGCGCCUCUGGAAGAAGCAGAUGCUCGAAUUAUGCUAGAUGGACCCUUUCUGACUCUUGAUUAUUUGACGACAGACCCUUCUUUCUGGCGCCGGGGUAUCGGGAAAAUGCUUGUACAAAGCGGACUGCAGAUCGCAGAUCAACAAGGAAUAAAGUCCUAUGUUAUGGCAGAGCUGCCCGGAUUAAAGUUAUAUCUCAGCCUUGGCUUUCAACUAGUAGAGACAGUGUCAGUGGAUUACACCCAGUAUGGCGGAACGGAGCCCAUGGUGGUGUAUUUCCUUGUUCGCCAGCCAUGUCAGCUAGAGUCCGCGAGUGCGUGA